AACCAACUGAGUCAGCCGGGCGCCCCCAUGAAGAUAAAAUACUUCAUGAGUUUAUACUGAUACAGUUAAACUUCAGGAUUAAGAGUGCUUACUUCUUUAAUAUAAAUGUUUUAACGUAAAAUAUAAGGUUUGUUCACAAUUUGUUACAAAAUUUCAGUGAACACAAACAACUAGAUUCAAUCCACAGUUGUAAUUUGUAGUUCUCAGCACAGCUGGGAGUUACCACCCUCUCUCAUCAGUGUCAACGGCUGGUUCUGCUGGGGGCUUUCACCCUACAUAUACCAGACCACUGGGGGCAACAAAUGUAGUUGGAACAGUUCUCCUACUUGAUUCUAACUAAUAUCCACCUUUACUUCCCCAACCCCGCUCCACUGGGAAAGUCUUGCUGUAAUCCCAAUUUCCUCACUGGUGGAGCAGACUUCAAUCACCUGUGGUCUUCCCUGGCCUGCUGGGACUUGCCGGUAGGCCCUCGUGUCUCUCUGCCCUGCAGUGGGUCCCUGCCGGGGGUAAAAGGGAGCGCGUGUCCAUUCACGUGGCUCUUCAGCUGAUUCCCGACUGUGUAUAUCACAGAGCGGUACACGGUGAGCGGGCUGAUGGAAGCGACUCAGAUGAUGGUGGACAUUGAUGGGGACGUCCUCGUGUUCCUAGAACUGGCUCAGUUCCACUGUGCGUACCAGUUGGCCGACUGGUGUCUUCACCACAUCUGCACCAACUACAACAACGUGUGCCGCAAGUUCCCCCGAGACAUGAAGGCCAUGUCCCCAGAAAACCAGGAGUAUUUCGAGAAGCACCGGUGGCCGCCCGUCUGGUACCUGAAGGAAGAAGAUCACUACCAGCGGGCACGGAAGGAGCGCGAGAAGGAGGACUAUCUCCACCUGAAACGGCAGCCCAAGCGGCGGUGGCUGUUCUGGAGCAGUCCCUCCUCACCGUCCUCUUCUGCGGCCUCCUCGUCAUCCCCAUCUUCCUCCUCGGCUGUGGUCUGAGAUGCUGCCACCCUCUUCUGACCCUGCUGCUGUUCCCCCCACUCGCCUUUGCCCCUCUGCUCUUCUGCAUCGCCCCCUCCACCUUCCAGGGACAAGGGGACCCACGUAACCAGGACCCUAAGGGCAGAGCUGUUCUCACCAGCUGACGUAGCUCAGCAAGAGAGGAGGGGGGCCUUGUGGAUCAGUACGGGGACCCCCUGCAGGGGACCCCAGUUCCAGAGCAGGGCAGGGAGGCAGACGGCUGCUGGGAGGUGGGGAGAGGGAAGGCACUGAGAGCUUUGGCAUCUGACUCUGGGUUGGAGAACGCUGGCGUCCAUGGGAGACUCUCCCAGCCUUGAGGCUCUGUGGCUCGGUCUGUGGAGGCAGCCCCCUCCCAGGGAGUGGCUGUGCUCAGGGAGGGUCCUGUCUCUCUUUUUCCAUCCAUGGACCUGCGGGUGGCAGAUGUUUUGUGGGCAAUUUCCACACAGCGCCUACUCAGCUCCUCACCGGAGAAGUCAGGGUAGAAAUGAAGCCUUCAGACCCAACUCGAUGCUUCCACAUCCUGGGGUGCAGCUGCCGAGGCCAUGGGUGGGAAGCCUUGCACUCUGGCGAGCAUCCCUCCCUCCCAGGGCGGUAGGUGUCCAGGCCUGAUCAAGGAUAGCAGAGCCUGGUCAGAGCUUUAGGCCUAGGAGCAGUGCCUCAUGGUGCCGUGAGAAACUUCUCCCUCCCUGUGCUUCACCACUCAGAUCCAGAGAUGGGAACCAAAGGAAACAGGUGGAACAGGGGAGAGGAGAAAGUGGGGGGUGGUCUGGGUGCAGCAGCCCCAUGCUCUCUGGGCUCCUCGCCCUGCCUCUGGUUAGCACGGCCUCUUAGCACGGUGGGGCAAAAUUAGCAAAAAAAACAAAACAAAACAAAAAACCCCCCAAACAACAGCAAAAUCACCACCAACAAAAACAUGUUGGCCUCAAGCCCCUCAAAGAAAAGAAACAAGAACAGAAAAAGCCCCUCUGUAGCUUACAAAGCGGGGCCUCUGUGUUGACGAGACAAGAGCGUAGGCCGUGGAAGUCAUUCCAGUGCCUCUGGGGAAAGGACUUGUCACCCACUGCGGCUGGGGAUGCCCACACCCUGCCGGCUGGCUCUGGGGACAGCACGAGUUCUGAGUUAGCAUGCUGGGAUGGAGGCUUCGGGGGCAGGGGCAGGGGGGUCUCAGGGCUUGAACAUGGUAUUGGACCCCUGCUUGGCCCAUCAUGAGAAUCUGUUCCUCCUCCUCCCAGGAUGUGAAUGUGUGUGUGUAUGGGGGGGGGGGUCAAAAGUCAGGGGAAAGGGCACCGACUUGGAGAAUAGGAGUCCGGGUAAUGCCGAGGCCAGAGGAUCAUAGGACAUGACCUUAGUGCUCG